CCCCCCAAAGUCUUUUAACCAGGAGCGCCCCGACUGCCUCUGUUCGUCUUGCGCCGCCGUCGCCGCCGUCGUCGUGUGCCUCCGAUUUCCGUCGACUCGAUCCCGACAUCGUCCGGCACCGACGAGAGGCAGCGGCAACUACCGAUGAGCAAUUAGUAAGUACAAUGAUGUCAUUUGCAAUCAGCGACACGGAGGGCAUCAAAAGUUUAAGCAGUAUGGAUCCAAUCAAUAGCGUUCAAAUGCAUAUGAGACAUGGAGGAUUUAGUACACCCCAAAAGAACACUGACGUACCCCUCUUUGCUUCAUCUUUUACACCUGAAUGUGAUGAGCACUUGAAGCCUAAAGUGGGUAUGACAUUUGAAGGACUCGAGGCAGUAGAGAAGUUCUACAACGUAUAUGCACAUGAAUCAGGUUUUGGUGUUCGAAUCGGACAACAGAAAAAGAUUGAUAAUAAGGUGGUCCGGACUAAGCGUUUCAUGUGCAAUAGGGAAGGAUUCAAGUCAAAAUAUAAUAACGAGACAGAUGACCCCUUGAAGAAAAGGCGUAAGCAAACAAAUACACGAUGCGGUUGUGAUGCCCAUAUCUUUGUUAGACUUUGUGGGGACAACACCUACAAGAUAGACUCAUGGGUUGAGCACCAUGUUCAUGGUCUUGUAUCACCUAAUAAGCGGCAUUUGAUCAGAUUGAAUCAUACAGUUAGUGAGAGGGCAAAGAAUACUUUAUACACAUGUCAUAAGGCAAGCAUUGGAACCUCUCAGGCAUAUAGGCUCCUGCAAGUUAGCGUGGGCGGAAUUCCGAAUGUUGGCUGCUCAAAGAGGGACUUGCAGAAUUACUACCAAGCACUCAGGUAUAAAAUCAGAGAUGCAGAUGCUCAAAUGUUUGUGGCCCAGUUAGCUAGAAAGCAGGAAGUGAAUUCAGCAUUUUUCUAUGAUUUUGACGUGAAUGAUGAGGGGAAGCUAUUGCGUGUGUUCUGGGCGGAUGCCACAGGCAGGAAGAACUAUAGUCACUUUGGUGAUGUCAUAUCCUUUGAUUCUACAUAUACCACUAAUCAGUACAACAUGAUAUUUGCACCAUUUACCGGGGUUAAUCAUCACUUACAAAGUGUAUUUUUUUGCUGCCGCAUUCUUAUCAAAUGAGAAGGAUGAGUCAUACAGUUGGUUAUUUGAGACCUUCUUAAAAGCAAUGGGAGGGAUAGCACCUAGACUCAUCAUAACCGAUGAAGCCACUAGCAUCAAGAAUGGUAUUGACGAAGUUCUUCCAACCAGCGUUCAUAGGCUGUGCAUGUGGCAUAUAAUGGAAAAGGUUCCAGAAAAAGUUGGACCUGUGAUUAGAGAAGAUUCUGAAUUUUGGACGAGAUUGAACUCAUGUGUUUGGGGUUCGGAAACUUCAACAGAGUUUGAGUCACAGUGGAAUUCCAUCAUUACAGAUUUUGGAUUGGAGGAAAAUGAGUGGUUGAGUAAAAGGUUUAGCAUUCGACAUAAAUGGAUACCGGCCUACUUUAUGGAUAUAUCUCUAGCGGGCAUUCUUCGAACCAUUUCAAGAUCAGAAAGUGCAAAUUCCUUUUUUAACCGCUUCAUUCAUCGAAGGCUUGCUUUUGUUGAGUUUUGGCUUAGGUUUGACACAGCUUUAGAAUGCCAGCGUGAGGAAGAAUUAAUGGCAGACAACAGAAGCAUACAUACCACCCCGCAACUAUUUACGCCAUGGACAAUGGAGAAACAGGGUAGUGAGGUAUUCACAUAUGAGGUGUUCGAGAAAUUUCAGCUACAGGUUAUUGCUGCUAGAGACCAUUGUUGUGUUCAGAGUAUUACACAAGGUGUGGGGGUAAAAAAUGUGACCCUGAGAGGUCGGUCUGGUAAGAUUAGGGAGGUUUGCUAUGACAUUGGAAGCAUGACAGCAAAUUGUUCGUGCAAGUUAUUUGAGUCACUCGGUAUUCCAUGUCGCCAUACUAUCCAAGUAUUGAGGAUUGAAAACCAAAAUGAGCUUCCUAGCUACUACAUUAUGAAAAGAUGGCAGAAAAGGUGCAAAAGGUAAAAAUAAUAAAGCGAGGAAAGGAGAUCAAGGAGGGGGGUCAAAAAAAUAAGGACAAAGAAGGCAAGGCAAAGGUCGCACGCUUGUGCAAGACGUGCAAGCAAAUGGUAUUUCAUGAUAGUCGUGAUUGUCCAAGCAAAAAAGAGAAAGGGAGUGUGAUUGUGCAAGAUAUGCAGCCAAAUGGUGCUUCCUGAUAUGGUCCAAGCAAAAAAUGAUUUUGUCUAUGUUAUCAUGUACACUCUGAUGUACUGAAUUAUGUACUCGAUGAGAAUUUGUGUCGUGUCAAAUUAAAGUUGACUUGAUUUCUGAGAGGUUUUGAUGCUUGUCAAAUUGCUACAGAGUAUCAGACAUAUUUAUCAAUUUCAGACAUUUUUACCAGCUAUGCAAGCAUGAUUAAAUUUCUUUUUAAUAUUAAAACUUGUACUGUGUGGCAAUACUGCAUGUUUAUUUCCUCCUUAUUUUUUGAUCAGACUUGCAUUCCAAUAGCCCAUUCUGAAGUUUGUAGAUGUUCAGAAACCGGACAUAGCCAUCCCUAGGCCACUUCUGUACUUCAAAAGCUUUACUGGAAAGUUUAUGCUUUGAGCACAUGACUGAGAUGGUCACCUGUUUUACUAACGCAUAACUGAAUUAGUCAGUAGCCUUCUUGGCAACAGCA